UCAAGCAAAGAGAUCAGAAUCUCUGGUUGGAGAGAGACUGGUGGAACCCCUGAGACUCUAGCUCUCAGCCCCCCUUCAGGUCUGGAAGUGAAUGCAUUCUCUUGGUCCCAAUUUUCUGCCAAACAAUACCCACCUACCCACCCCCUCCAGUUCCAUGGAGUCAUAGGUCCCGACUCCUAGUGACCCAAUAGGACAGAGCAGAACUGCUCCCUGGGGUUUCUGAGGAUGCCUAUCCGCACGGAGUCAACAGUCUCAUCUCUCUCUCCCAAGUGAAUGCGACUGAGCUGGAGGUUAGCAGCCCAGCACUUAACCUGCAGCUUCACCAGGGCUCUUUGAGAAGUUUGCCGAGAAGGGGAAAGUUCCACCAUCUCAGGAAAAUCUUGUCGGUUCUGGCCCGUUUCCUGGAAACCCCUGGCCUGCUCCUUUUAGAACUAUCUGCACCUCCGUUGGACCUGGGCUCCAGAAGGCUCCCAGCACAGAGGAGCUUCAGGGAGGUUCUGGUCUGAAGAGCUGCCUGGUGCCCCCGUGCUUGCUCCCAACCCCGGCCUCCCACCACCAUGCACUCCUUGGACGAGCCGCUUGACCUGAAGCUGAGCAUCACCAAGCUCCGGGCGGCAAGAGAGAAGCGGGAGAGGACGCUGGGGGUGGUCCGCCACCGCACCCUACACAGGGAGCUUGGCCUGGUAGAUGGCAGUCCCACACCUGGCUCCCCAGGCUCCCCACCCUCAGGCUUUUUGCUGAACCCCAAGUUUCCCGAGAAGGUGGACAGCCGCUUCUCAGUGGCCCCUCUGGUGGACCUCAGCUUGUCCCCACCAUCUGGACUGGAUUCCCCCAAUGGCAGCAGCUCACUGUCCCCUGAGCGACAGGGCAAUGGGGACCUGCCUUCAGUGCCCAGCGCCCAGGACUUUCAGCCGCUGCGUUACCUGGACGGCGUGCCCAGCUCCUUCCAGUUCUUCCUGCCCCUGGGCUCUGGGGGUGCAUUGCACCUGCCCACCUCCUCCUUCCUCACUCCCACCAAGGACAAGUGCCUCUCGCCUGAACUACCCCUCCCCAAGCAGCUAGUGUGCCGCUGGGCCAAGUGCAACCAGCUAUUCGAACUCCUGCAAGACCUGGUGGACCAUGUCAAUGACUACCAUGUCAAGCCCGAGAAGGAUGCUGGGUACUGCUGUCACUGGGAGGGCUGUGCUCGCCACGGUCGGGGCUUCAAUGCCAGCAGGUACAAGAUGCUGAUCCAUAUCCGCACGCACACCAAUGAGAAGCCCCACCGCUGCCCCACCUGCAACAAGAGCUUCUCUCGCCUGGAGAAUCUCAAGAUCCACAACCGUUCACACACAGGUGAGAAACCCUAUGUCUGCCCCUACGAGGGCUGCAACAAGCGCUACUCCAACUCCAGCGACCGCUUCAAGCACACGCGCACCCACUACGUGGACAAGCCCUACUACUGCAAGAUGCCUGGCUGCCACAAGCGCUAUACCGACCCAAGCUCACUGCGCAAGCACAUCAAGGCCCAUGGCCACUUUGUGUCCCAUGAGCAGCAAGAGCUCCUGCCACUGCGCCCGCCUCCCAAGCCCCCACUGCCUGGACCCGACACUAGCCCCUAUGUCAGCGGGGCCCAGAUCAUCAUCCCUAACCCUGCUGCCCUCUUUGGAGGCCCUGGCCUACCUGCCCUGCCCCUGCCCCUGGCCCCCGGCCCCCUUGACCUCAGCGCACUGGCUUGUGGCAAUGGUGGAGGGGGCGGAGGCACAGCAGGUCUGGGGCCUGGGCUGCCGGGCCCAGUCCUGCCUCUCAACCUCGCCAAGAAUCCACUGCUGCCCUCACCUUUUGGGGCUGCUGGACUGGGCCUGCCAGUGGUUUCCCUCCUUGCUGGCUCCACAGGCAGCAAGGCAGAGGGGGAGAAGGGGCGGGUCUCAGGGCCAGCUAGAGCCCUGGGCUUGGAGGGCCGCAAGACGCCCUUUGAGAGGACUGAAGGUGGCCGCUCCCGGCCCAGCUCUGAUGGGCCGUCCCUGCUGCCUGGGGCUGUGCUGGACCUGUCCACCGGAGUGAGCUCUGCGGCCAGCAGCCCUGAGGCACUGACUCCCGGCUGGGUGGUUAUCCCGCCAGGCUCUGUGCUGCUCAAGCCGGCCGUGGUGAACUGAGCACACAGCUCCAGGCCCACCCUGACGAACAGAAACUCUUCUGCGAAAUAGCAAUAAUGUCCUCCUGCCUGAGGGCGCAGGCCCAGACUGGCCAGUGCAGGAUGGUGCUAGGUUGCUGCCAGCUCCCAAAGGGGCACUGGACCUGCUGUCCAACAGAGCUGGGCUUUUGAGUCCUGAGGUGGUGCCCACUUCUGGUCGUCCUGUCCUCACUCCACCCAACCUUCAGCCUCAAUGCCUUUUCAGCUGGCAACCCCAGAAAAGUGGGGUCAGGGUGACACCCACCCCACCCCAAGAGCUGAGACCAGGAGCCCCAAGAAGCAGAGGCCCUGCCCACUUCAGACAUCUGUUUCUGGGCUCUGGGACCCCUUUCCUCCCUCGACCCACCCUCCCAAAGGAGGGCCAGACAGACAGAAACCACCUAUUCCUACUCUCCCCACGACAAGGUGCCUCCUCCCCUAACCACCAAGAAGGGAGGCCCGCUCUGCCUGAAACCCCAGUCCACUUCCUUUUGGACAUGGUUGGCACUGCCGAAGACUGAACAAUGACGACUUGGCCUGCAAGAUACCUGUCACCCGCGCCUCUGAGCCUCCUGGUCUGUGGGGGUGGGGUAGAGUGGGGCAGAACCUGGGGGCAUGGGAAGUUGGCUUGGAUGGCCAGGGAGUGCAGGGCAGUGGCCAGUGUCUUUCCUGCCUGAGCUCAUUCAUCCUCAGCUAUGGGUAGCAGCUGGCUGAAACACCCAAGGCUGGGGAUACAGUGCAGGGGAACACGGGGUUAGAAGAAGCCCCUGCAGGGGGCUGUUCUCCCCAUGGCCUCCCUCAGCUCCCCAGCCUUGACUAAUUCAAGGGCCUGACAUAUAGCAUAAGGGGAGCACUGUGCCCCAAGGCCAUGACAAGUUCCCACCAGGCCUGUUGCUGACCCCCCUGAAAGAGCACCUGGCGGCUCUGGCUCCUAGCCUCCCAACCCUAGAACCUGCCCCUCACCAGCCGUGUUACCAGUCCCCACACCUUCCCAGCUGCUCUGCGGCCUAGCCCUUACAGACUGCCCUUCUGUACCAGAGGGGUCACCCAGAUCAGCCAAGAAACCCAGCCUCUGCCAGCAUCAACAGUCCUGCCUGCCCCUAAGGGAGCUGGCCUCCCUUCUUGUAGCCCCUCUCCAGGGCCCCAUGAUGGGCAGGUGGGCAGCACGUGGUUGGUGGUAAACCAGGCUCCAUGUUGGUGUUGCCAGACUGGGGUAUACACCCAGGAGAGCAGUAUUUAACAGGUUCUAAGUGCCUUUCUAUUGUAGCUUACGUUCCUCCUGGCUCAGUGGCUGUUAGCAUAGAGUUUAAAGAGAGAAAAAGAGAAGCUAAUGACUAGAACAAUGUACUCCUCCAGGUGAGAGGAAGUUUAUCAAGAGACAAUAAAGCCCGUUGCAGAGGCGAA